UGGAGGAGAGCGCGAUCGGGAGAUUCCUGUACAUCAAGGACUCGACGCACAUCCCGAACGUGCUCAAGUUCGAGUACGACAAUGCAAGGGCUGCCAGGAAGAAACCAGCCAACGAUUGAACGAACCCCUGUACAUUGUUUAUCUGUUGGAAAAAGAUUGAGAUCAAACAUGGCGUACAAUAUCCUGAUUCCAGUAUGAAGCCAGGCAUACAUGAACCUGCUGUCUCCAGAGGCAUGUAUAGAAGAUCUUGAAAGAUGAUCUUGCUCCUGACCUCCGCGGCCUCCGCCAAUAUAUCCGUUCCUCAUGUUCUGUUACCCAAACAAGGCAAAGGCGAGGAGGAGGCAAGCAAGAUGAUGAGGACGGCGGCCGCCAUGGUGUCGUCGAGCCCCGGCCGGGAGAAGCUCCCGGCCCCGGGCCUGGCCCGGAUCCUGACCGGCAGUGGCAGCCGGAGCCGCGGCCGCCACGCCGGCCGCUCCAGCCCAAUGUUCAGCUCCCGCAGCAAGAGCGUGGGCCGCUCGUCCGAGGCAGCGCAAGCGGCCCUGACGGCGGCGGGGCAGGAAGGAGAGCCAUCUUCACCGAAGGUGACUUGUAUCGGCCAGGUUCGAAUCCGGAACAAGAAACCGGCGAGGCCCGAAACGCCUCGGCCGAAGGACCCGAAACCGCCCUGCCAGUGCUUCCACAAGGCCUUGCUUUGCAGUCUUUUCCCGGCUCGGAAGAAGCCCAAGGGCGGCGGAGGGCGGUCGCUGUGGCGGAGGUGGGUGCCCCUGGGCGGCCGAUCUGGCGGGUACCAACGGCGGGAACCGGAUUCGCCAAGAGCACCGCCGCUGGAGUUCAUCGUAAUAAAAACAGACGAGGGGGACGAGGAGGCGGAGGCGGAGGAGCACGAGGAAGCGACGAGGGUGUUCGUGCCCUCGGCGCCGCCGAAGAACGCGCUCCUGCUGAUGAGGUGCCGAUCGGCGCCGCACAACAGCGCGACCUCGCUCGCCACCAGCGCGCGGUGCGCCGUCUCCUCGCUUCCGGAGCACCAACUGCCACCUCCGCCGGCGUCUGCACGCGGAGACGAGGCGGAGAGCGGCCAUACCGAACUGAGGAAGAAGAAGAAGAACAAAAGCAACGAGAGGUGGCGCGACCUGGCGGCAGCUGCGGCGGAGUUGUCGGAGGUGGACGAGGAAGAAGAGGAGGUUGAGGAGGAAGAGGAGGCGGCAACGGGGUCGGAGUCGCAGCGGCCACUGGUAUUGACGCGAAGCAGGUCGGAGCCGGCAUGGAGGAGGAGGAGGGCGGCGUAGGCGUCAGCGAGCACCACCGGGAGCUCAUUUGUCGCUUUGCGUUUCUUUACUGUUGUUCUCCGUUCCCAUUUCUAUUUCUUUUCUUCUGCUGUCUCUCGCUGGAAUCCGAUGUAUGAAGCUGCUGUCAAUAUAGACUCUGUAAAGAGAACCAAUGUAAGCCAUGACUUCCUUUCUUCCUUCCUCGA